UAGUGCCUGUCGAAAAUGCUAUAGAGGCAAAUGUGUCGUUAAACCUUGAAGUCUAUCUGACCGAACUCCUUUCCAUGCAGAAGUACCAUCUACAGUGUGCACAUUUGUGCAGCAACAGAAAGCAGCGGAAGUGACGCACUGUCGAUGCCUCAAAAGAAGCGCUGGCAGCUUGCCCAACGAGGCAAUCCGGUCUUCAAACCUGCUACACUCUCGCGGGCUCUUCAAAGUGCGCAAGAGCGGUGCUUUAAGAUAGGCGAAGGCAGCAGUGUCGAAGGACACAAAGAACUCGUAUGUCCUGGUUGACGAACAGUAUGCUCAAAAUUGCUUGCUUCUUGGCCGUCCUACAUUUGGUGGCCUGCUGGAUGCAGACUCCUAAUGUAACGAAGUGUUCGCGGAGCGACUUUUUAUUUAUCCAGAUUAGUGGCGUCACCAUCGGAAACGCAAAAGUUGGACUCGAGAUGACCGUGGACGCGCACGUCCGAGUUCUUAAACCCAUCGGCUCGUACCCUGUGUUGGAAGUCUACGUGAACACUGCCAGUGGAGAGCGACUGCGCUGCUUUCACCGCUAUCUGCCCGACGAGCUUAGGCUUUGCCGCGGCCGCACUGUUCUGGAACGACUAUUUACCGAAGAAUGGAGAAACCGGUGUCCGCUAAGGUCAGGCCUAUACAGCGGCCACAUUGUAUUCAAGCUUCCUCGCACCAAUUCCACCGAGAAGUGCAUAGGGGAUGGUCAUCUGGUUUUCACAUUCAAGAUACGAGACGAAGGCUAUAUUUUUGAGUGCGUGAAAUUUCCCGUAGAAAUCGAGCAAGACUGAGCGAGCAGUCAGCUCUUUGCAAUGCUUCGCACUGGAUUUCAAUUUCAAACAAAUAAUAAAGACACGAGCGAUACGCCAA